CUUCACACCACCGUCACUAAAGCAAAAACACACAGAUCUAAAAACAAAAAAAACCUCCCAGUUUGUCGCAAAACCCGAACUUACCCUUCUCCCACCCUCAGAAUUUACGAGAAUGCCACUCUUCUCCCACCGCUUCACCACCGCAUCUUCCUCCGGCCCUGCAACUCCUUCCUACUACAGCAAACCCUCGAAAGGCCACAAACACAGCUCUGCUUCGUCUCGUAUCCACGUGGCUAUCAUACUCUUCUCCCUCGUCUCUCUUUUCAUCGGAGUCGCCGGAACUAUCUUCGCAAUCAGUUCCUUCGGGGGACCUUCUUCCGUUUAUCGAUGCGGCCGAGGAUCUAAAGACACUUCACGGGUGUCUGGUUCGAGAAAACUCGGAGUGUUGUCGGAAAGACGAAAGGUUUUAGGAUUCGUUGGGAUACAGACUUGUUACGAUUCUGGUGAUCGUCGUGCUGCUUUGAGAAGCACUUGGUUCCCUUCUGAUCCUGAUGCUCUUCUAAGGUUGGAACAAGCGACUGGAUUAGCUUUUAGAUUUGUCAUUGGACGGUCAAAGGAUGCAAAAAAGAUGGCUGAGCUUGAAAAAGAGAUAGAACAACACAGAGAUUUUGUGCUUCUUGAUGAUGUUGAGGAAGAGUAUCUACGACUUCCUUAUAAAACGUUGGCCUUUUUCAAAGCAGCUUAUAAACUCUUUGAAGCUGACUAUUAUGUCAAAGCCCACGAUGACAUUUACUUGAGACCAGAUCGCCUUGGGACGCUUCUUGCCAAAGAAAGACUUCAUUCACAGACUUACAUUGGUUGUAUGAAGAAAGGGCCAGUUAUAACUAACCCUAAACUCAAAUGGUACGAGAAACAGGGGAAUUUGAUUGGAAAUGAAUAUUUCUUACAUGCUUAUGGACCGAUCUACGUUCUUUCAGCCGAGAUAGUGGCUUCACUUGCAGCAGCUCGGAACGGCAGCUUGAGGAUGUUUAACAAUGAAGAUGUAACCAUUGGAUCUUGGAUGAUUGCAAUGGAUGUACAUCAUGAGGACAACCGUGCUUUAUGCGAGUCUCGUUGUUCCCCAAAGUCCAUAGCAGUCUGGGACAUUCCCAAAUGCUCAGGACUUUGUAACCCGGAGUCUCGGUUAAAGGAGCUUCACGAGAUGGAAAUUUGCUCCAAGAGUCCGACAUUGCCUCCUGAUGACAUUGACCAGUAGUUUGUGUUGCGACAAUUCUACGGAAUAUAUGGUCUCACAGUUCCAACCUCCUUGGAGCUGAACAGGGGUAAGAUGACUUCAUAAUUCAUUACGUUAUCUGAUUCUUAUUGUAGUUGUCUCAUGUACCACUUUUAUACUGAAGUUAUAUAUAUAGACCAGAUACCACAAGAUCCUUUUUUUUGUAAAAUUAGAUUUAUGUGGCCAGUGGUGUAGGCACUGGGAGAUGAUACAUAUUAAUCCUGUUUGAUUUUGUAAAAGAGAUCUCAUUCAAUAUAUUAUUUGUUUUGUUUUUUGUAUCA